CUCAGUGUCUUGUCCUUUCAGUCCUACAGGCCUCAACCCUCAUUCAACUUGAAAUGUCCAAAUUAACCCUGAAAAGCCCAAAUCAUCCCAUGUGAUCUGUGACCGGCACAACGAAGGGCAAAUUUGUUAUCGGGAGCCCUAUAAAUACAGCCAAACGCCAUUGAAAACGAGAGAGGUUUCGGGGAGAGAAACAGAGGAAAUCUGUUAUUUUCAAUCUCCAUAGCUCACCCUCUAAUUAUCUCUAAUCUGUCGGUUUUUCUCUGUCUAUCCAUCUUUUUUUAGGGCCAUCUUUUUCUUUGGCCGAGUUGAUUGAUUCAGCCAUGGCUCUUGAUUCGAUCCCCAACGGCUCUGUUGCCGUGGCCUCGCCGAACUCCAAGGAUUCUUCGAAGAAGAAGAGAGGUAACCGAUCUGUGAAGUUGAAGCAGUGCAAGCUUGAUGUUCGCAGGGAACAGUGGCUUUCUCAAGUGAAAAAUAAGGAUGGAUGCAAAGAGGAACAUAUUGGUGGCUGUGUAUCAAAACUGGUGGUAAAGCCAACAGACGAGGAUGUUUUUAGUGAUUCCAAUUCAUGGCUUUCGAAGAGCCCAAUCAGCCCAGUGAGCAGCAUAUUGGGAAUAAAUGAUUCGGGAGUUAAUAUUACUGCAAGUAGCGUAAGUAGUAUCAGUAGUAGCAGCAUGAAUGAAGAAGAAAAUGAAUAUGAUGCUGAAAAUGAAGAUGAUGGUGAUUGUUUUGACGAUUGGGAGUCUAUGGCCGAUGCUUUAGCUGCAGAAGAAAUCAAUCUGCAGAGAAAUAGGCCAAACGAGCCGUUAUAUUCAGAGAGUGAGAGAUUGAUGGAUGAGGAACCGGAGCCAAUAUCUUGCCCGAUUUGCGCUGAGGAUUUAGACUCUACAGAUUCGAGAUUUUUCCCAUGCUUAUGUGGAUUUAGGCUGUGCCUUUUCUGUCACAAGAGGAUUCUUGAAGGAGACGGGCGUUGUCCGGGCUGUAGAAAGGAGUACGAUUGUGGCCUGGUUGAAGGAGAAGCUAUGGUGACUGAAGGAAGCUGGACAUUCAAACUGGCCCGUUCUCGUUCGUGUAGCACGAUGAAAAGAUCUUAGCAAUAGCAGUUUUAAGGUAUAUAUAUAUGGUAAAGAUUUGUAUAGAGGGGUUUAUCUUAUGGGUUUUGGGAUUUUAGCUUGAUGUAAAUGGCAUUGCUGAUGUACUAAAUUAGUUAUUAUGUGAAUUUAUGAGCCCUUUCUUGACUGGUUCCUGGAUGAGUUCACAGUGUAUGGGUAUUUCUUGUCUGAAAAUUUUGCCAAAUGAUUGUUUUGUGCAAUUUUGUUACUUUUGUAAAGUCAUUAUCCAAAAUUUACGUACAGAGUUGAAAUCACAUUCCACAACCAUAAGAUGACUGAAGG